CAGUCCGGGUUUUACAUCCGGCAUCACUGCCGUAGUUCCGACUAAGAGAGGAAGAUGCGUUUCGCGCGUGCGCACUACCAGUCUGAUGCCAGGCUUGUUGGGCGGAGGGUAGCCGAUCGCUGCGGCCUGGUCAAAGUAAACGAGCUGGAAUCAGGGACCCAGUUGAGAUCUGAGGCAAGAUAAAGUUAGCCCAACAUUAUCUCUUUUGAUGUGUGUGUUAUAAUAUACAAAACUCUAAAUCUGGGAUGCUGGGAGACAUGGCAAGUUGAGAAAAUUCAUAUUUGGUGGUGAUAGCAGAAAGUUGUCACAGGAAAGCCACAUAACUCCUACAUCCCCCACCAUGGAACCUCAAGACUAUUGGAGUGUUAAGUCCAGCAAUCCCACUCCUUACUAUUGUAACAUUUGCCAAGUCUAUUGUGCAUCUGCUGUAAACCUGCAGACUCAUUUUAUUGGAAGCAAACAUAAGGCGGUUGAGAAUGCUUUGAAAUCCCAUGGCUUUGUUAAAGCUCUGGGUGCUUCAGGGGAGCCAAUUACUAGACUACCAGAAAGUCUUCCUGAUUGUGUUCAAACUGAGCCUGUAAAGGCUCGAGGAAAAAAUCUGCAAGAACAACUUGAUUCAUGUAAAGAUACUGAACCUGCUCUUGGUCUCCAAUAUAUAACUGAAUACGUGUCAGAAGAAAGCUCACUUUAUGAAUGUAGUCUGUGUGGGUGUCAAUCAGGACUAACAAACAUGUUUAUGCAUGUUUUGGGUAUUAAACAUAGACUGGCAUAUCUGAAAAAACAUCACCCUGAAAUGUCAGAUGUCAAAGGUCGAGGUUCGAACUUGAACAAAAGACUUAAAGAGGUUGCUGCAAAAGUUGAACAGAAUGAAGGAAGAAAACAAAUAAAGGUUACAACAGAUCUUCCUAUUCGGAAAGAAGACAAAUUUUCAGUACAGCUCCCAGAUUCUCUAGUCACUUGGUUUUCUGAAGAUGAUGUAGGUGGAGAAAAGAAGAAAGAAAACCCUAAACCAGAGGAAAAGGAAAAUGCUAAGAAGGCUGAAGCCAGCAAAGAUGAAGUGAAAGCUCAGUGUGGUGAGAAAAAUGAAGAGCAGCAGGACAAGGACACAGAACAACAAGAAAAUAUAGCAUUUGAAGAAAGUUACUCAGAUUCUGAAGAAUUCCCUAGUAAUGAAGAGUUUCUAAAAUACUUGCAAAACUUUGAAAUUGUGGAUGAAGAUGAUGCUUCAUUUAUACUGAAAGUUUACCAGAAACUUACGAAUUCAUUGGUGAUGUAUCGUCACAAGAUUUCAGAAAAAAAUAAUUAUUCUGAGCCAAACCCCAAUGAGGGCAUUGAUGACCACUUGGAACAGUCAGAGAUGACUUCUGUGGAAGGUGAUAUACUUUACACUGGCAUGCAGCCUGCUGUUCAACAGUUCUGUGAAGAUAAGCAAACUCAGUUGAAUAUCAAGAAGUCAUUUAAGAGAAAAGCAUCACAGUUGAAUACAAAUCCUUCAGAAGCUGCUAAAAAUCGCAAAGUUGGGACUUUUAUGUCCACAUUUAAAGAAGUACCGAUUGAAGAGACCUCUUCUGAUGAUGAAAUGCAAGAUCCUCCUGCCGCCGCCGCUUCUGCAGCAAUGCAAGAUCCUCCUGUUGCCGCCGCCGCUUCUGCAGUAAUGCAAGGUCCUCCUGCCGCCGCCGCGUCCGCAGCAAUGCAAGAUCCUCCUGCUGCCGCUGCCGCGUCCGCAGCAAUGCAAGAUCCUCCUGCUGCCGCUGCCGCGUCCGCAGCAAUGCAAGGUCCUCCUGCUGCCGCUGCCGCGUCCGCAGCAAUGCAAGGUCCUCCUGCCGCCGCCGCUUCUGCAGCAAUGCAAGAUCCUCCUGCCGCCGCCGCUUCUGCAGCAAUGCAAGAUCCUCCUGCCGCCGCCGCUUCUGCAGCAAUGCAAGAUCCUCCUGCCGCUGCCGCUUCUGCAGCAGUGCAAGAUCCUCCUGCCGCUGCCGCUUCUGCAGCAGUGCAAGAUCCUCCUCCUGCCGCUGCCACUUCUGCUGCUAUUCAAGAUCCUCCUGCUGCUGCUGCAAAGCAACGUCCUCCUCUUGCUGCUGCUGCUGCUGCAAAGCAACGUCCUUCUCUUGCUGCUGCUGCUGCUGCAAAGCAACGUCCUCCUCUUGCUGCUGCUGCUGCUGCAAAGCAACGUCCUCCUCUUGCUGCUGCUGCUGCACAGCAACAUCCUCCUCUUGCUGCUGCUGCUGCUGCUGCACAGCAACGUCCUCCUCUUGCUGCUGCUGCUGCUGCUGCACAGCAACGUCCUCCUCUUGCUGCUGCUGCUGCUGCUGCAAAGCAACGUCCUCCUCUUGCUGCUGCUGCUGCUGCAAAGCAACAUCCUUCUGUUGUUGCUGCUGCUGCUGCUGCAAAGCAACGUCCUCCUCCUGCCGCUGCAGUGCAAGAUCCUCCUGCCGCUGCUGCUUCUGCUGCAAUGCAAGAUCCUCCUGCUUCUGCAAUGCAAGAUCCCACCUCUUCUGAGGAAUGCUUACUGAAACCUACCUUAGCCAACACCUCUUCAUCUCAAAAUCCAUCAGACACAUCUAGGACCUCUCUUCCUGGGCCAUCAGCUUCUGAAGGUCAUGUCAUUGCAAAAUUUUUCAACAGUAUAAGAAAUAUGGAUGUCGAUGAAGUUGCUGAUACUUUACACAAAAUAGCUGCAUCCAACCCAGCAUUCAGUGAUGGACCUAUUUAUCCGCAGAUUCACGUAUCCGCGGUCGGGAAAAAGAUACCUGACCUCGGCAUACACGAAAAAAAGAGAAAACAUGCUGACCUCCUGUAGCCAUGGGUCAGAGGUGGCUGGAAAUGACCGCAGAGGAAUGGACGUUCAAAAUGUGAUACAGAUCCUAACUGAAAGUGGGACCCUGAAACCAAAGAAUACUACUAGUGCAAGUUGAAGGAAUAACAAUUUGUGUGAAUGUUAUUUUUCUUUUGUAUAGACUGUGGAGUUAUAUCAUGCAGUUUGUCUGUGCAAUUUGGUUUUUUCCUUCUGAAAAGCAAUUUCUCAUUUAAAAAAAUGAAAAUAUGUGCUCAUGUUUUUCUUUUCUAAAUGAUACGUAUCACUCUUAACUCUGACUUACAGUGUGAUACUGUAGAUCAGUUAACUAAUUUAGCAGCAUCCAUCUUUAUCUGUUUCCUGUUGUGUUCUCCUGUUUGUACAUUUAUCUUGGUUUUGAUGGUUUACUUUUGUAUAAUGGAUUUUUACAAACUGUUAGCCACCUUGUAGAUAUUCCUAACUCCAAAAAUGGAAUUCACAUGUUUUAACAAACAAAUAAAAUGAAUCUCUGCAA